AUGGACUCUACCGAUCGCUCCAACCGUGGUGAGCUCGGCAGACCGCAAAUGGUCAUUCAACAAUAUGCGCGAUAUCCUCCGACCUUGGAAUCGACGUUGCAGAGUGCUUCCUCCUUGGGAAGCUCUCGUAGUCAAAUAGAUAUCAACAAAUCGCCUCCCUUACAGCGAAGAGAAACCCCCAGGAGCUUACAGUCUUCCCCGAGGGGCAUGCAUUCUGCUAUACCCCCAUCAUCGGCCAAUCGCUCCGGGGCCUCCAUGUCUCCGCCAGUUUUUGAUCCUCGUCGCCAUCAGCCUAUGAAAGAUUCUGCCGAUCACGCAGAUUCCCGAGCUCUUCCGUCACGGGAUAUUACUGAUGAAACGAUUGAUGACGCCUAUGUUUCAUUUAUCUUGUACUGCAAUCCUAAUGUUCCAUCCUCGGUUGACACAUCAGAUCUGAGAAAGACCUUCCGGUGUCUGCCGCGCAGUGAUGGAAAAAGCUUCAACAUCUUUACCCUAUAUGGCCUCAUUCGAAGGCGGCUGCAGAAUGAAGAGUUGAAGACCUGGAUUCAAUUAGCAAUUGAGUUGGGUGUUGAACCACCUUGCCUUGAAAAGAAACAAAGCACCCAGAAGGUGCAACAGUACACUGUUCGCCUCAAACGAUGGAUGCGUGCUAUGCAUAUUGAUGCUUUCUUUGAAUAUUGUAUGGGACUGCCUCAUUCUUACUAUACACAGCUCCCACCAUCUGGUCCUUUUGUUAGCGAAUCUCGCGAUGGUGUAUUAUUGGAAGAGGAUCUUGCACUCAGGGCACUUGUGCCACAAUGGAAGCCAAAGAGGGGAAGGAAAAGGGUCGAGGAUAGGUACACCGAGGAAGAUAGAGCAAUCAAGCGGCCCCAGUUGGACACAUCUGUGGGCGCCCAGCAGCAGGGUAGUUUUCAGUCCCACUCCGUGGCAUUCCCACAGAGUGCGAUUCCAUUCAGUGCAUUUCCUGAUGAUGCUGAAUCCAAUGACCCCUGGAUACCGGCGACAUCAUCGUUUCCGAAUGGUUCAAGGCCGGACCAGCAAAAUCCAGAUAUACGCUGGAGACAUCCCGAACGGGAUGCCUCUCCUGCUAGUUAUCCACAGUCUGCUAUCAUUCCCCGAAGUCAUCUACCAUCAGAUGUACUCAAGUCUGCGGAACCACGGUCCGCAGUUACUCCGUCAACGGGUGAAAAAACCCGUUCCAGAAGACGACAUGGCCCUGCAGUUUCGUCUGCUUGGCCGAAUAGCAACGGAUUAUCAGCCGGGAAAGGCCGAGGAAGGCCACCAAAUAAAGGGUCAUCAUCGGGUUCCUUUUCUACAUUCCAGGUCAAUCCUAGCCGGGAAUCAUCGCAGGCACCCAAUUCUAAUACUCAGGCUCCUUCAAUUGCCCUUGACAGAAAUCCGCCCCAAAUAUUUCAGACCCCAACUCACAAUAAUCCUUCAACAUCUAUCUCUCAGGGGAGGCCCAAUAGACUUCAACUGCAGGUUCCUCAACAUUCAGGGGCGCCUGUUAGACUUGCCUCUCCACCGAGACUAGUAGUCAAUGGUGUGAAUGGUGCUGUCGUUCCCGGGUCUGAAGGGUCCAAUGAGCCCCGCCAACAUGUUACCACAGAUACCACAAAAAAUGGUAUCACUACUCAAAUAUCUUCUUCUGGGGGGCAAAGAAAUGCGGUCAUUACUCCGAAUCCCUCCAUUGAUGAGGUUGUUCAUGCACUUUCUGCCGAGCUUCUUCGUGCUAGGCUGACAGGGCAGACGGCGAAUCUUGCUCCUAACGAGGCGGCUGCUCUGGCUUCGGAGAUGGUGAUCAAUUUGUCGUCAUUAUAUUCACAGUUUUACCUUGGGACUCCUUCGCUGCUACUGGCCUUACAUCUUGGUGUUGGUCAUCAUUUCGGACUCGCAGGCACUAAUCCAGGGUCACUGGUUAUCAACGUUGAACGUGCGACACCAAGCAGCGAUGAAGAUAGGAAUGGCCCUGCCACUAAAGAAUCAUUCAGUGAUAUCCACUAUACCGUCUUCCAUGAGUACAAAACUUCAAGCCAGUUUUCGAUGCAAAUCACGCUCGCAAAACUCAAUCCUAGUAUGGGAAGGAAGGAUUCGCCUGACCAUGCAAACGUGAUUAUGGGCCCGAGUAAUGAGAAUAUUGACAAUGAUAAGACGGCAAACCUGGAUUUUGACGAUGAUGAUUCUAGUCAUCCUGUUUCCGAGGCAACAUGGAAGCAGCGUUACACAAGACUCCGUACUCAGAUGCACAAAAAGGACCAGGCUUUGUCGAAAUACAAGCGGAAGAUCGUGGAAUCUGUCAUGGCAGACAUAUAA